UACUUUACUUUCCACCACAUGCUUAGCGGAGGAUUUAUGAAGAAACACUUCACCUCCAGUGUAUAGCAGUGUUUAAUAAAUUCUGUUUCAGACUUAUAAAGAUUUGAAGAACUGAGCAGUCAUGGAUGGAGACGUGCUGUCUUUGUCAUCUUCCUUAUCACUAUCAUCCUCAUCAGCAACAGCAGCAACAGGAACACAGAAAGAUUCUUCACCUGAGAGUGACGGCAGCCUCUCUCCGAGCCAACAGGAAGACAAAUCAACUGAAGAGUUAUGGACAGAGGAUGUGAAUCCCAUGAACGACAGGUUGCUGUCCACAGAGGAGCAGAUCACCCUGAUCACUGAGAGUAUGACAGUCACCUCCACUGACCAGGAAAAGCUGCUGCUGCUCAACAAGAACACCGAGCUCCGCAGAGUCAACAAAGAGCUGAUGAAGCUGAAUGAGGACUGGGACCAGGUGUACCGUAGCGCCACGCUGGGUCUUCAGCACAGACUGGAGGCACUGGAGCUAGAAAACACUGCCAUCAAACAGCUCAACAAUAGACUGCUGCUCAAACUGGAGCAUCAGCAGAGUGCAAAGGAGUACUAUGAGCAGGUGUUGAUGCAAGAGCUGAAGAAGAACCAGGAGCUGCAGGAAUAUAUCAGGCUGCUGGAGAGCAGGAUGCACCACCCAGAUAGAGCCUGCACGCCUGUCAGACAGGGCAGCCUCGGUACUGUGGUACGUGGUCCUGUUUCAUGCCCAACGAGUAAUCCACCUGAAGGUCCCGACCUGUCACCCUGUCACAUCUCUGGAUACAACCACUUGUCCUCCUUUUUCCCAGCUUCAUCUGGCCCAGGCACAGGGCAUCAGGGAAAAAGCCAGAGCAGCAGUACCUCACUGGGAACACUGGGAGACUCCCAGCAGGAAGUACAGAAUCUAAAAGAGCAGCUGGAGGCACUUAGAUGUCAGACCCAGAUUUAUGAAGCAGAAUACCAGUCCGAGCAUAAUGACCACAAACACACACUGCAGGAAAACCGGAGGCUGAGGAGGAAGAGGGAGGAGAUGCACCAACAGGUGGCACUACUGCAAGAGCAGCUCAAAGUUUAUGAGGAUGACUUUCGACGGGAGAGAUCUGACAAACAGAUGCUGCAGAGGCUGUUGUUAAAGAAAACUUCACCUAACAAAGACCCUGUGCUUAUUCACCGAUGUAAUAACGAGCAGGAGCCACAAGGAGGAGACAAGAGGACGCAGAGCGGAGAGAAGAGAAAGCAGCACCACCCACUCUGCCCCAAGCACCCAAACAGGGACAAAGAACCAAACUGAGGCUCAGAGGGAGAAAGCCAUGAUCAACCAUAUAUGAAAUGUAAAACUAAAUGAGAGCUAUUAGUGUGUCAAAUACUUUUACACAAUUUGCACUCGCUCUCGUUAAAAACCUAGUGCUGUUACACAGGCGCAGACAGCAGCACUCUCUGUUUUAUACUGACAAAUAAUAAUUUGGUUAAAAAAAUCAUAAGAAUGAAAAAUCAGAGUAUCAAAUGCUUUAUUUGUUCUUCAAGGUUUUUCUUGCUAAGCCUUAUGAAAAUAAUGACAACUGAAAGCUUAAUUGUAUGUUCUAUCAGGGAUGUCAGUAUAUCAUGUAACACACAAAGUGAUUAACUUUGG